AUGACAACAAUUACAACUACAACUGGCAUAUCAUUCAUUGUGCGAGAUGCAUCAACCCCUCACAUGCGACCUCACACCACUUCCAAAACUUCCUCAAAUCCCUACAACUCCAAUUCCAAUUCCAACUUCAAUCAAAACAAUCAUUUGAAUACCGAUACGAAUAAUAUUAAUAAUAAUAAUAAUAAUAACAGACGUCAUUCGCUUCCACUUCAUUUCCUUCCACCAAGUUUAUGGACUUUAAAUACUUCAACUGCUAGUCUUGUUGAAUCUGAAGAAGCUGCUCGCGGUGAACAUAUCCUAGACGAAGCAAAGGUUGCACAUCGUCUUACAGCUCUCCGCUCUUUGAACGGCACAGAUCGAUCUCAUCAUCGUUAUGCAAAAUCUACCGGAGAGACAUUCAACCAACCGGUGAUUGUGCGAACCUACUCAGGAGCUGUUCGACCUCGCUCUCAACAACGAGAUCCCAUCGCGACCAAGAAGCAGAAUGGAACAGCUGGCAUAGCAUCAAAUAAAAUGGAUAUGAAAUUACCACCCGUGGAAGCUUUUAGCUUCAAGGGGAUUAUGGAUGAAAUAAAACAUGGCGUGAGUGAAGAUAUAGAGAGGAUCGCAGAAAUAUGUGCUAGGAGCAAGUAUAGUUUGGCAAACCAACAUGAAUUUCAUCACCCUCCUCAUGGAUCCGGGGAUCGUAUACCACAAACUGGUACCGCCUCAGGGGCAGAUCUAGGUGUACCAACAUUACAAACUGUCGACCCGGAUGAACAUUCUACAAGACAUCCGGCACGAAGCUCAAGAGGAAUUCGAAGAGGGAAAUCUGUCGCUUAUGGUACACUAGAAACAAUCAUGUCAUCCUCGAGGUCCUCGGAUGAGGACAAAUCCAGAAAAAAGCCCGCCGUUGUAUUAGAAGAUGAGGUUCGCGGCAGAGUAACCUCGAAAGCGGUUGAUGCAUCACCUCCAAGUUCCGACGUGAUCAAAGAAAUUGUCGCCCCAGAAGCCACACCUAAGAGACACCCCACCUCCAAGCACAAGCACACCAGGACCAAAUCUGCCACAUUCGCAUCGAUGAUAAUAGACAAUGCCCAAACCUUCAAGCCAGAAAAUAAACCACAAGUUGCAUCACCCACCUUCCUGAUCAGCCAACCAGCUCGACCUCAAACUUCAGCCGCAGAUCUGGAGCAUAUGCCUGCCUUUCAUGAACUUCUUUCCACCCGCCCUUCCACGUUCCAUGAGUUGACGUUACCAAAACCUACCUUGAUACGCAAUGAAUCUAUAGCUUCUACGUUAACGUUAAGACCUGAGACCUCGCCCAGAUCCUCCAUACUCAGUAGUUGGAGCUCAUGGUUACCUUGGGGUAAUAAACCAAGUCCAAUGCGAACAUGUGAUGGUAGAGCCAGAAGUGUAUCGUAUGCAGAAGGUAGUUUGCGAAGUUUAUUGAGGUCGACGGAUAUGGACAGAAAGGGUAAGGCUGUGGAUCGCAUGUCUUGA